CUUCUCGCCCGCCUUCCUUUUCAACGCGAUGGCCCCUCCGGUGCAACGAUGAGAGUGAUCUCCGCAGAUCGAUCCGCGAAAACCGCGAUUCCGCAAAUAUUCCGCAAAUGCUUCGCGAGUACACCGUGCCCAACAUGCCCCCGAUCUUUUCCGCGCAAAUACGAUACGUCGUUCGUCAUGACUGUCCCGAUCGUCGGACCGCCGAUUUGUUCAAAUGACGUCGCGGUGAAAUGGCGAUUCUGGCCAGGUGAUCGUCGCAUGCUAUCGUUACGUUUCAGGGCCGCGCGGCCGCUACCGGCACUGCGGCUCAGCGACCGCAUGUGGGAGAGACGCUGGCUGCGGUUUCUGAUUCGACCUUUUCUGAAGUUUACGAUCCGGCGGCUGGGCAUGGAUAGCAGCGACGAGCACAUGAUGGUGUGCGCUCGGACGGUCGUCAACACUCCAUUCGGCCAGUGAGGCUUAUCAGCCUCACUCUCUCUUCGCUG